AGGGCUGUGGCCCGCUGCUCUGCUUUCCUUCCUCUGGAUUUUGUACCUUGACACACACAGACCAUAGCUGUGAGCCCCGUGGUCUUAUUACCAGCACAGAGCCUGAGAAUGAAGGAUCCAGAAUGCCCGAAGUUGCUGGAUGAGGAGCGGUACUCCAGGCAACUGUAUGUGCUGGGUCUACCUGCCAUGCAGAGGAUUCGGGCAGCCAAGGUCUUGCUUUCUGGCUUACAGGGACUAGGGGCUGAGGUGGCCAAGAAUCUGGUCCUGAUGGGUGUGGGCAGUCUGACUCUGCAUGACCCCCAGGCCACCUGUUGGUCUGACCUGGCUUCUCAGUGUUUCCUCUCCGAGGAGGAUUUGGGAAGGAACAGAGCGGAAGUCACUCAAGCACGGUUAACUCAGCUCAAUGAAGCUGUGCAAAUCUCCAUCCACCCAGGGGACAUUACUGAGGACAUCCUUCUAGGCUUCCAGGUGGUGGUGCUGACUGCCUCAAAACUGGAAGAGCAACUGAAGGUGGGCAAGUUGUGCCACACCCUUGGGAUCUGCUUUCUGGUGGCUGACACCCGGGGGCUUGUGGGGCAGCUCUUUUGUGAUUUCGGUGAGGACUUCACGGUGCAGGACCCUACGGAGGCUGAACCCCUGACAGCAGCCAUCCGGGAUAUCUCCCAGGGAUCCCCCGGCAUUGUCACUCUGAGAAAUAAGGAUGACGGACACUCCUUCUGUGAUGGGGACUUGGUAGUUUUCUCAGACAUCAAAGGGAUGGUGGAGCUCAAUGGUGGCUGCCGGUCUAUCCGUGUACAGAAGGAUGGGUCCUUGGAGAUCGGGGACACAGCUGCUUUCUCCCAUUAUUUGAGUGGUGGGACUCUCACUGAAGUCAAGAGAUCCAAGAUCGUGAGACAUGAGCCCCUGGACAGAGCCUUACUCCAGCCCCGCGUGGUGGCCCAGGAUGCCCACCGAGCCCACUGCCUGCAUCAGGCCUUUCGUGCCCUGCAUGAGUUCCAGCACUUGUAUGGCCGGUUGCCCCAACCCUGGAGUCCAACUGACGCAGAGACGGUGGUGACCUUGGCUCAGGCCCUGGAACCCCUAAAAGGGACGGAUGAAGCGCGAUUGGAUGAGACUCUACUGCGGACGGUUGCCCUGAGUAGUGCUGGCCUUUUGAGCCCCAUGGCAGCCUUUCUGGGAGCAGUGACUGCCCAGGAAGUCCUGAAGGCAAUCUCCAAGAAAUUCAUGCCCCUGGACCAGUGGUUCUACUUUGAUGCCCUUGAUUGUCUUCCAGAAGAUGGGGGGCUUCUCAGUCCUGAAGAAUGUGCCCCGAGAGGCUGCUGCUACGAUGGACAGAUCGUAGUGUUUGGAUCUCAUUUUCAGGACAGACUGAGCUGCCAGAAUUACCUCUUGGUGGGUGCCGGUGCCAUCGGGUGUGAGAUGCUCAAAGGCUUCGCCCUCGUAGGCCUGGGAGCAGGGGACGGUGGAGGUGUGACUGUCGCUGACCUGGACCACAUAGAGCGCUCCAACCUCAGUCGUCAGUUCCUCUUCAGGCCACAGGAUAUUGGGAGGCCCAAGGCAGAAGUCGCUGCAGCAGCUGCCUGCAAUCUGAACCCAGGCUUACGAGUGACUCCACUCACCCACCCCCUGGAUCCCACCACAGAGCACAUUUAUGGGGACCAUUUCUUCUCUCGCGUGGAUGGCGUGGUCGCUGCCCUGGAUAGUUUCCAGGCCCGACACUAUGUGGCUACUCGAUGCACCCACUAUCUGAAACCGCUGCUGGAGGCAGGCACCCAGGGCACCCACGGCAGUGCCUCAGUGUAUGUUCCGCAUGUCACGGAGACCUACAACGGCCCUGCCUCAGAAGCAGCUUCCGAGGAGGGCCCCUACCCUGUCUGUACUCUCCGUUACCACCCCAGCACAUUCGAGCAUACCCUGCAAUGGGCUCGGGAUACAUUCGAGGGACUUUUCCGAUUAUCUGCAGAGACCAUCAACCACUAUCGACAGGCACGCACUCCCCUUGCAGACAUGGAUGGGCAACCGAUACUGACCUCCCUGCAGCAGGUUCUGGGGGUCCUGAGAGCGCGCCCACAGACCUGGCAAGACUGUGUGCUGUGGGCCCUUGGCCACUGGCAAUUGUGUUUCCGUUAUGACAUCAUCCAACUGCGACAGCACUUCCCACCUGAUAAAGUACUUGAGGAUGGAACUCCAUUCUGGUCAGGAUCCAGACAAUGUCCUCAGCCCCUGGAGUUUGAUGCUACCCAAGACAUGCACCUCCUCUAUGUGCUGGCCGCUGCUAACUUGUAUGCCCAGAUGCAUGAACUACCUGGCUCAUCCGACCAGACUGCCCUCAAGGAACUGCUGAAAUUGCUGCUACAGCCUGACCCUCAACAACUGAACCCUAUCUCUGCUAAUAACCUAAGGCUGGCUUGGGCUCCUGCUGAGUUUGGUUCUGAGCAGUUGAAAGAACUACAGAAGGCUCUGGAAGUCUGGAGCCAGGGCCCUCCCCUGAAGCCUCUGCUGUUCGAGAAGGAUGAUGACAGCAACUUUCAUGUGGACUUUAUGACAGCAGCAGCUAAUCUGAGAUCUCAGAACUAUGGGAUCCUACCGGCCAACCGUGCCCAGAGCAAGCGAAUUGUGGGGGCGAUUAUUCCAGCCAUUGCCACCAGUACAGCGGCUGUGGCCGGCCUGCUGGGCCUGGAGCUGUAUAAGGUAGUGGGUGGGCCACGCCCCCUCCGGGCCUUCCGCCACAGUUACCUGCGCCUGGCUGAAAACUACUUCACCCGAUUCGUUCCUCCCGCCCCGACCAUCCAAAUGUUUCAAGGCAUGACAUGGACCCGUUGGGAUCGUCUGACGGUACCUGCUGGGCAGCCCGAGAGGACGCUGGAGUCACUGCUGGCCUGUCUCCAGGAACAACAUGGGUUGAGGGUGAGGAUGCUGCUACAUGGCCCAGCACAACUCUAUUCGGCAAGAUGGGCACCUGAAAAACGGGCGCAGCGCCUGGCGCUGAGGGUGACAGAACUGGUUCAGCAGGUGACCGGCCGGGUGCCUGAUCGUGGGAUGCGGGUGCUGGUCCUGGAGCUGAGCUGUGAGGGUGAAGAGGAGGAUGCUGCCUUCCCACCUCUGCACUACGAGCUGCCAGGAGGCAGCCAACACCCCACCACCACCUAGCUCUGUCCGAACCACCACCUAGCUCUGCCUUGGGAGCCCCUGGCAGCCACGCCAUAAAUGCCUUCCGAAGGAAGUGAAGAUCCGUGAGAGGCUGUGGGUUGGUACUGCGCAUGCGUCUACCAUGGGGGCAAGACAA